AUGGCUAUAUUUCAGGCCACGAGAAAAUUUCUAAUAAGUUUACUAGCACUAGUUGCCUUCAACGGUUCCCUUUUAACUCAUGGGAGGCAAAUAAAACCAUUGAACCAACAUUCCUCGUUAAACAAAGGCACUGUAGUGCCAGAGAAUAAUCCCUUCCCACCUCAUAUUAAUGUUCCUACUCCAUCAUCAGAGAAGAAGAAAGUUGACUCAUUCGUGAUGCCAAAACAAGGUGUUGAAGGUUUUGGAGACACAAAUGCUUUCCGACCCACUACACCAGGAAACAGUCCUGGUGUUGGUCACAGAAAAUUUGCUCAGGAAGAUAAUGAUAUGAAAGCAAAGGUGGUGGUAGUUCACAGUCCUGAUGUUAAGGUUCAUGUCAUCGAGGAUACAGAAAAUGGUUUCAAACCUACGAACCCUGGUCACAGUCCCGGUGUUGGUCAUUCUCAGCAGAACAAAAUUGGACAGUUAAAUUAG